AUGCGAGCCGGCCCGGCGCUGCUCUCCGUGCUGCUGGGCUGCGCUCUGGCCGCGGAGCCGCGGCUGCAGCGGGGCAUGCCAAAUGUGUGCCCAGUGCUGGAGCUGGCACUGGUGGGACACCAGGAGCCCUGCAUUCAGUCCUUCAGUAGGAUGGUCAAGAUGUGGAAACAAGGCUGCCCAAAGAGGAGGUGGUGUGUGAGCUAUGAGAGAAGGUCUGGCUACUACACAAUUUACAAGCAGGUGUACAGGAUGGAGCAGCAGACUGUCUAUAAGUGCUGCCCUGGCUGGGCCCAGCAGGACAAUGAACCUGGCUGUCUGCACUUGCUCUGCACUGCUGGCACUUGCUUCAAUGGAGGGAAAUGCUCUGAAGGAGGAUCCCAGGUGUGCCAGUGUCCUGCAGGAUUCCAGGGCCCUCGCUGCCAGUAUGAUGUCAACGAGUGCAGCACGGAGAACGGGGGCUGCCACGACCGCUGCUGCAACACCAUCGGCAGCUACCACUGCAAGUGUCCAGCUGGCCAGAAACUGGGGGAAGAUGGAAAAUCCUGUGGAGACGUGGAUGAGUGUGAGGUGCUGAACGGGGGCUGCCAGCAGGGCUGUGUCAACACCCAGGGCUCCUUCCAGUGCCAGUGCCAGGCAGGAUUUCGGCUCCACGCCGACGGGCGCACCUGUAUUGGAAAUAGGUUUUCCCAGGUUGUUGACAUGCAUUCCUUCACUGCUUCCUUGGCUCCAGCUGUCAAUUCCUGCAGCAUUAACAACGGGGGCUGUGAGCAGGAUUGUGUUCAGCUCAGUGAGGACCACUACAAGUGCCAGUGCCAGCCAGGCUACCAGCUGAAGACAGAUGCCAAAUCCUGUGAAGAGAUAGACCCCUGCACAAGUGGGAAUGGAGGAUGCUCACAAAUCUGUCAGAAUGAGAGAGGAAUUGCAAAAUGCGAGUGUCAUCCAGGGCAUUCUCUUUCUGCAGACAAAAAGUCCUGUUUAGACGUUGAUGAGUGUGCAGAGGGCAGAGCCAGGUGUGCCCAUCGCUGUGUGAACACCCCGGGCUCCUUCAGCUGUGCCUGCAGCCCUGGCUUCGAGCUGGGCGCGGACGGGCGGCAGUGCUACCGCAUCGAGAUGGAGAUCGUGGACAGCUGCCGGGAGGGGAACGGGGGCUGCUCGCACCGCUGCGAGCACACGGCAGCGGGACCGCGCUGCUCCUGCGGCCGCGGCCAGCGCCUGGCCGGUGACGGGAAAACCUGCUCAGAGGUGGAUGAGUGUGAGACUGGAGAGUCCUGCUGCUCCCAGUUCUGCAUCAACUACGCUGGGGGCUACGAGUGUACCUGCAAGGCAGGGUUCCAGCUCAGCACCGACGGCUGCUCCUGCGACGAUGUGGAUGAAUGUCGUCUGGAUAAUGGCAACUGUGACCAUUUCUGUGUGAAUUCCCUGGGGUCAUACGAGUGUGCCUGCAAGGAGGGUUACACACUUGGGGAUAGCAGAUGGGCCUGCGUGGGUGUGGAGGAGGUGGAUGCAGAGGAGGCAGCAGGGCUGGCUGGGGCCCCAGGGCUGCAGUUCCGAGGGCCCCCCCAGCUGCUCCACUACGCACUGGGAUCCCUGGCUGAGGAUGGAGACCCCCGAGGAGAGCUCACCCUGGUGCACAGGGUUGUGUGCCUGGGUGACACGUUUGGCCAGGACUGCAGCCUGAGGUGUGAGGAUUGUCUGCACGGGGGCAGCUGCAACAGCGAGCGCAGCGGCUGCGUCUGCCCGCCCGGCUGGGCUGGUGCCAUCUGCAAUGAGACCUGUCCCCCUGGGACGUUUGGCAGGGGAUGUGCUGGUGUCUGCCAGUGCCAGAACGGAGGCUCCUGUGACCCCAGCACGGGGCAGUGCCACUGUCCCCCCGGUGUGCUGGGACAGCUCUGCGAGGAUGGUUGCCCAAAAGGUUUCUUUGGGAAGAACUGCAACAAACCAUGCAACUGUGCCAACAAGGGCCACUGCCACAGACUGUAUGGAGCCUGCCUGUGUGACCCCGGGCUCUACGGCCGCUUCUGCCACCUCACCUGUCCCAGGUGGGCGUUCGGCGCGGGCUGCUCGGAGGAGUGCCAGUGUGUGAAGGAGCACACGCUGGAGUGCAGCCCCAGGAACGGCUCCUGCACCUGCCAGCCUGGCUACCACGGCAAAAAGUGCCAGAAAGAAUGCACCCCAGGGUUUUAUGGGUCUGGUUGCAAACUGAGGUGCAGCUGUCCUCCUGAUGUUCCGUGUGAUCCUGAGACAGGAGCCUGCAAACAUCCGUGCCCUGCCGGGUUUCAUGGAGAAAAAUGCCAUUUGUCUUGUCAGCCUGGCAGCUUCGGGGUGGGCUGCAGGCAGAGGUGCAGCUGUGGAGGAGCCCCUUGUGAUCCAAAGACAGGGAAGUGUGUUUGCCCAGCUGGGAAGACUGGUGCUACGUGUGAGCAAGAUUGCCCAGAUGGCCAGUGGGGACCAGACUGCCAGAACUCCUGCGAGCCCUGUGCCAACGGGGGACAGUGCAACAGGGAAACUGGAGCCUGUGACUGUCCCCCUGGCUACACUGGGCCAUCCUGCUCUGCCAGGUGCCCUGAGGGGAGCUUUGGCCCGGGCUGUGAGUCCAGCUGUCAGUGCCAGAACGGAGCUGCCUGUGACCACGUCAGCGGAGCCUGCACCUGCACAGCGGGCUGGACAGGAACCUUUUGUGAAAGAGCUUGUCCAGACGGAUUCUUUGGGAUUGACUGCCACCAGGUGUGCAAGUGCAAGAAUGCUGCUGGCUGUGACCACGUGCUGGGCUCCUGCCACUGCCUCCCAGGAUGGCUGGGGGAGAGCUGCGAGCAGCCCUGCCAGGGGAACAGCUAUGGGCCAGGCUGCAGGAACGCUUGUCACUGUCACAACGGAGCUCGCUGUCACCACGUAACUGGGAUAUGCCUUUGUAGUCCAGGCUGGAAAGGAGCCACCUGCCAAGAAGCCUGUCCCCGUGGGUGGUAUGGAGCAAACUGCCUGCAGCGCUGCCUCUGCCACGGCCAGGCCACCUGUGACCCUGUGAGCGGCCAGUGCCAGUGUCCCCAGGGCUGGACAGGGACAGCCUGUGAGCUGGAGUGUGGGGCUGGGCAGUUCGGAGAGGGCUGUGAGCAGAACUGCAGCUGCCAGCAUGGGGAGUGUGAGCAGAACUCAGGGAAAUGCCUCUGCCGUGCUGGCUGGACCGGGGACCGCUGUGAUGUUGCCUGUCCCCGGGGAUUUUUCGGCACGGGCUGCGAGGAGCGGUGUGACUGCGCCCACGGCUGGUCCUGCCACCCCCGGACUGGAGCGUGUCACUGCGAGACGGGGUGGCGAGGGCGGCACUGUGACAAACCCUGCCUGCCGGGCCGCUAUGGCGCGGGCUGUGCCCGGCGGUGCCGCUGUCCCCCGGGAAGGCCUUGCCACCACCUGACGGGAGCCUGCGGAUGUCCCCCGGGAUUCACCGGCCUCGGCUGCGACAAGACUUGUCCACCAGGCACGUAUGGGCAGGACUGUCAAGGAGUGUGCCAGUGCUCUGCUGAGAAUCAGGAAUGUCACCCUGUCACCGGCCACUGCUCCUGCAGCCCGGGCUACCAUGGGGCCCACUGCCACCUCCGGUGUCCAAAAGGUACCUACGGUUCAAACUGCCAAAAUCCCUGUAAAUGCAUGAACGGAGGCCACUGUGACCCCGUGACAGGAACGUGUGAUUGCGCUCCCGGUUUCAUCGGAGCCAACUGCAGCAAAAGUUGCCCCGAGAGCCGGUAUGGGAAGGACUGUGCCCAGGUCUGUGCCUGUGGCAAAGGCCAGUGUGAUCCACGGACUGGCGAGUGCACCUGUGCCCCUGGCCACACAGGACCUGCCUGUCAGCAAGUGUGUCCCCAGGGACAAUAUGGCCCCAACUGCCAUCUGACAUGUACCUGUCAGAAUGGUGGCAUCUGUGACCACGUGGAUGGCAACUGCACGUGUGGGCUCGGCUGGACAGGAAGAUCCUGUGAGAAAG